UCAGGAACUUCAGUUGAAUUAGUGUAAGAGUGAAAUCGAGGGAAUUCUUGAUAAAGGAGUACGCCGCUCUUUUCUACUGUGUUCGUUUUAUUUUUGCCUUUAUUCACUGCGCGCGUUGAUACAGCACAAAAGCCACAAUGUUGAUCAAAGUAAAGACCCUGACUGGAAAAGAAAUUGAAAUUGACAUCGAGCCAACAGACAAGGUGGAGAGAAUAAAAGAAAGAGUGGAGGAGAAAGAGGGUAUUCCACCUCAGCAACAGAGACUCAUCUACAGUGGGAAACAGAUGAACGAUGAGAAAACAGCAGCAGAUUAUAAAAUCCAGGGUGGCUCUGUAUUGCAUCUGGUUCUUGCACUCAGAGGGGGGCGAGAGCACCAACAUCCCAGCAACCACCUGCAGGCCUUAUAAUCACCAGACUUCGCCACUGUAGUAUCCAGUCAGCCCCAACAGCACAGUUGUGGUUAUGCCACAGUUCCCUUAAUGAUGUCCCUUAAACUCCAUGGUGUCAACUCCACUGCACUUCUUUUCUGUAGACUACUACAGCAUCUUCCUGUCAGCACCCUUCUUCUCCUAACUUAUCCUUCAUGGAGCACUGUCCUGAUCAGUUUGUUAACUUGACUUUAAAGCGGUGAGAAGUAAUCAUUGUUAAUGUGAAAUUCAUGCCGUAGAAUCAUUUGUCAAUAAAACAUCACAUUGGCAUUUUUCA